UUUCACUGUUAAGAAAUUGCAACUUGCAAAGAAAUUUGGGAAACCAGUUUUGGAGUUCAAUUUUCGAUUUCUUCUACAUGUGACCCAUUUUUCUUACUUUUCAUUAUCGCACACCGCGCAUGUUUGGUCGGAAAGUUUGGUCGACAAGACCACCAUGGUGAUGAGCUCUGGGCACUUAUACCCAUCUACUCUCUGUCACACCUGCCCCAUACCAAAUAGUUCUGCAAAAUGUCAGUCAUUGGAUCCAGCAAAUGGUUGGAUGCACAGGCGGAACAUCAAGCUGCUCUUCGGACAAUACCAUCAUGUCUCACCCUGUGCGAUUUAAAAAACGACAACUACCACAAAUUGGUUGCAGCGGAAAUCCCCGUGGAUCUCAUUUCAAAAUCCCACCUUAAGGUGUACAAAGGUACAACUCUAAUCAGCGAACAGGGACUCCCCGGGAUUCCCGUUGCCGUCGAAAGUCUCUACAUUGAGGAACAUGAGCCCAAAGUUCCGAUAAUCGCCGUGGCUGUUGGACCAUCUGUUCUCUUCUAUCGCAACAUGAAACCCUACUUUAAGUACACACUACCGGGUCUUGAGGUGGAGAGCAUUGAGCACGAUGUUUGGCGUAAAUUGCCCAGUGAACGCCCGGAGAAUAUUCGCGCAUUAAUUGCGAGUCUGCGAUCGGUGGAAAUGAGUCGAUUAACUGUGACAUCACAGCGGCUAAUUUGUAUGUCGGACGAGGAGGUGCUGGGCUACAUUAAUGACAAUCGCGAUACAGCACUACAGCGACUCUCCAUGAUCACCGCAAUGACCACUCUCAGGCGAACAUCGAACGAUGCCAAAGCUGUCUCGUGCUUGGUAAUUGCCAGUGAGUCUGGGGAGAUUUUCAUUCUAGACUCACAGGCUUUCACGGUGCUGCAUCGUGCCAGAUGUUGCCCCUCGCAUGGGACCCCAUGCAUGAUUUCCGUGAGUGGGCACUUUGAUAUUGAUUUUCGCAUUGUGGUGUCAACACGCGAGGGUGGUGUGAGUAUCUUGCGGAAGUCCUGGCUCGAGGGCCGGCAGAUCAUCCGCUUGGAUUACCCAACAACGGGGCUCGCCAUAUUGCCCAUUGAUCAAACCAUCGUGGUGGUGUGCAUGAAUAAUUCCCUCAUGUGCUACUCGAAGAAGGGUAAACGCCUCUGGACGGUCACCCUGCCGUCCCAUUCAAUCUGCAUGGUGCCCGUCUUGCUGUCCCACCUGGGGAUGACACUCGUCUGCGUUGCCCUCUUUGGGGGGCUCGUCCAACUCUACCUGGGCAAGAGUUUGGUGGACCAAUUCACAGCACCCGACACCGUGUCUGCCAUGACCUUUGGGCGUCUCGGGCAGGAGGAUCAUGUUCUUGUGCUCGUUACUGUCGAUGGGUCGCUCAUCAUUAAAAUUCUCAAACGCACCGCGGAGUUUUCACCGCGACUCAUUGGCAAUGAGUUGACGGGUAAAUUAUCCAAUGCUGAGGACACAUCCAAUACGGGCAAUUUGCGCAUACCGAAAAAAACGAAAGUCUUCGUGGAACAAACAAUUCGUGAAAGAGAAAAUGCUUCGGCUAUCUAUCAAUCAUUCCAAUCGGAGCUUUGGCGUCUUCGACUUACAGCCGCACGAGCAACGGUGGAUGUGAUCAAUCUGGCGGAGAGCACAUUGUCCGGUGAUGGUGGCUUUGCCCCAAUCAAAUUAUCAGCCGAAGUCUUGGGCCUUGGCCCGGUCUUUCGGCUAAAGUUGCGCCUAGAGAACAUGGCAAGUCGCCGGCAUGAGGCGAACAAUCUAUGCGUUCUUCUUCAUGCGGAAAAUCGUCACUACACACUUGAGCGGCCAUUCGCGCGAUUGCCACCACUUGCACCUGGAGUUCCACUCACGAUUGACUUCAAAGUCACCGUCAUCAUCGAUCCCACAGAUGGUCUCCCUCCACCUGAUCUCACGCCCGACAAUUCCGUGAUUAGAGUGAUGAUCUUCAAAUGUGGUCAGGCGAAACCUUUAAUAGCCGCGACAAUAUCAAUGCCAAGUCCCGAACUUCAAGCAUUUGAGGUGUACUAAGAAGCCAAUUUAAGGAAGAAUUGAGAACAACGAGGUCAAUAAAGAGUGCACUGUGACAACUAAUUAAAUUUAAAUUACAUCUUUACCUCAUUGAAAUAUUCAUUAAGAAUUUUCAAGAGCAAAAAAAAGACCAAAUAAAUAAUGCAGGAGCAACCCAAAAGUCAGGUAUUUAUGUCUCACAAGUUAUGAAGAGACUUCAGUGAAUUUUAGCACCUCGACCAAAUUGCACGUGGGACCCCCAGCAUGGAUAUAGAACGUGAGGAACUCUUUGUUCAGUAUGUACGAAAAUUCCACAGUAUGGAGACGGAAUUGACGCGGGAAAGUGAUGAGGAAGCCUUCAAAAUGUACGCCCUGUACAAACAAGCCAUCUGCGGGGAUUGCAAUAAGCCAAUACCAAAUCGCUACGAUCGAUUCAAUGUUAAGAAGUUCGUCGCAUGGAAUGACCUGAAGGGAAUGAGCAGAGACAGAGCCAAGGAACUCUAUGUGAAAGGAAUGAAGAAAAUGAUUGACUAAAAUAUACGGGUGACGGUGUUUUGUUUUGAAUAAAAAUAAACCUAGACGAGA